AUGAGCGGACGAGAAGAAGAAGAUCCGAAGCCGCCUCGCAUCCAAUCGUGCUCGCGUCUGCGGUAUCGCAGCUCGCAAGAGACGCGUCACCCGACGACCGCUGCUACCAUCUCACUCGCCCAGCGAACACUGAAGUCAGUACCGAUCGGGCCGCGUGAUCACCGUGCCCCUCGCUCCGCCGUGCCCGCGAUAUUCUCGCGCAGGUCGUGGCGGAACACGGGCCGGCGACACCAGCGCCUCACCAUACAACAA